AUGGUACCUUCAAGGGAAAAUAGAUGCAAGGCUCGGGUAGGAGAGAAUGCUUCUGGAGUUGUUGAACAAGAAUCAAUUCCUCAAGAACCUUUUAUGAAGCAAAGAAGAUUGUUGUCAGGUUUCAGGAUAAUGUCCAUCAUCAUUCCUAAGUAUGUUAAUUUGACAACCUUUCCCUCUUGUAGCUUCAAUUUUCCAGCUUUGUUCGAAUACCAACAUGUCAAUGGUUUUGUCUCUGAAUAUGGACCUUAUUAUCCAGACUUAGUUAGAGGUUUUUAUGCUUAUUUGUCUAUUCAACCUGGUUGUGCCUUUCAUACAAAAGUUAGAGGUCUUAAGAUUGGAAUGACUUUAGCAGAACUUGGUAAUUGUUUGGGAGUGCCUUAUGAAGGUGAACAAAUCCAUCAUGGCUAUACCCUGUCUAUUCGGGCAUGGGCAGGUUAUAGUAAGCUUGAUUUUUACUUUAGCAUAAGCCUCAUUUCCUAA